AACAGUACAGUGCGCCUGACACACACCUGAGUGACACACACCUGAGUGACACACACCUGAGAGCAGAGCCGGGGCAGAGAGCCGAGGUCAGCAGCAGGACAGAAUGAGAACGACUGAGAGUGUGCAGCGAUGGAGACACUUUCACUGAUCGCACUGUGUUUGCUCUGGACAGGAACAGCAGCGUCUUCAGUUGAGCCCCGUAAUGUCCACUUCUACUCCGAGAACCUGAGGAACGUUGUGAGGUGGACGCCAGGAGCAGGAUCCCCCGCUGACACCGUCUACACUGUGGAGUACGCCAUUUACGGUGAUGAGGAGGAGAGCGGCUCUGAGCGGGUGAGGUGGAGGCGUGUGGAGCACUGCUGCUCCAUCACUCAGAGUGAAUGUGACCUGUCUCAGGAGACCUUUAGCCUGGAGGAGGACUACUAUGCCAGAGUCAGGGCGGCCAGCGCAAACACACAGUCUGUCUGGACCGAGAGCACGAGCCGCUUCAGCCCCGCGCUCCACACGAUCCUCGGCGCGCCGCUGCUGGAGCUGACCGUGCUGCAGAACUACAUAAACGUCACGAUCAAGGGGCCCUUCAGAUGGAGAACCAAGAGGACACAGAAGGAGAAGUCACUCUGGAUGAUCUUCCCACACAUGAUCUAUAACGUCUCUGUGUUCAACGGCAGGAGCCGUCACACGAGCUACAUGCUUCUUAAAAAUGGGAACGUGACGCUGGGCCCUCUGGACUUUUCCAGCCAGAUCUGUGUGAGUGUCCAGGCGCAGUCGGAGUCUCGGCCUCUGGCCUACAAACCCAGCGAGCAGCAGUGCGUCGUGACGCCCAAAGACCCGUUCAGAGACCAGCUGCUGGCUGCCGUUCUGGGCGGCGUGCUGCCGUCUGCGCUCUGUCUGUGUGUCCUCGCUGUGCUCGGGGGACUCGUCCACUGCUACAUCACCGACCACAGACAGAGACUGCCCAAGAGCACGCACGUGGUGGAUAUGAAUGAAAGGCUUCACACUCUCCAGCCAGAAAAGCCUCCAACAAUCAUCGUUAACGUGGUCAAAAUGGGUUUGUAUGGAGAGGGGUCGGCUGUGCCUCAGCUGGUGUGCGGUGAGGACUGGUCAGCGGCGUAUGCUCAGGUUCUGCAGCCGCAGCCGGUGUGUUACGCUCAGCAGCGCGCUCCGUUACCAGACGAGGAGGACUCUGUGAGUGUGGACUCAGAGCCGCAGGAGUCGCAGCACAGCGAGGCUGCAGAUUACGGCAUCGUGCUGCCGGCCGCUGUCCAGACCCAGAGCAGCCCAUACCGGACACAAGAGCACACAGUGAACGCCUGUGAGGAUGAGCCAGAUGACCAAGCGCAGAUAUUCCUGGACUGGAGCCCAGAGACCCGACAACUGAAGAUCCCUCUGAUGGGCUUGUCAGGUCUGGAGGACGAAGCUGAGAUCCGGACUGAAGCGGUCACGCUGCUGCCUAACCUCAUCCUGAGACAGAGCUCGGGGGAACACGGCGAGCCAGAGCCGGAGCUGGAGCCGGAGCCAGAGACGGACGACUUCAUCAAGAUGGAGCGAGCCUGGGGCCUCGUGAUCCACUCCAGCCCAGACUGACAGAGGAAUAAUGCGCUGCUUCAGACUCCGGACACAAUAUGAAGAUACUUUCACUAUGCAUUUUACUAGGUUUAAGGUUUACACAUGAGACGAUAAUAGGGCUGCUAAACCAUUAGUCGCAAUUAAUCAAUUCAAAAUAAAACUUUAUGUUUACAUACUACUGUAUAUGUGUGUGUAGUGUGUAUAUUUAUUAUGUAUACAUAAAUACACACAUGCAUAUAGUUCAUUUGCAAAAACAGAUAACAGAUAAUCGUGUUUUUUUAACUGCAGUUGUGUUGUUUCAAUUAAAUAAUUAUAAACAAUAAAAACAUGAUUCAAGAAAAUAAAUAAAAAUGAAGUUAUCUGUUUUUGCAAAUAAAUCCUUCAUAUUUAAACAAUUAUUUGUAUGUAAACACUUAAAUAUAGGUAUUUUACACAUAAAUCUAAACAUAUUGUUCCUUAAUAUAUACAUGUAUGUGCAUUUAGAAAUAUACACAGUACAGACACAUAUAGAAUGUAAACAUAAACUUUUAUUUUGAAUCCAUUAGUCGUGACUAAUCGUUGUGCAGCCCUAGAGGAUAUAAUGAAGGAUUUCACAUUCACUGUGAACGUGAGACCUCAUGAACAAAGCUCACUUCUCUAGCUUCUGUAUUAAAUUACAUUUAAUCAUGGCCAACACUUUGCCUGGACACUGCUCAGGGAAAUCAACUUUGAGCCGGUCAGCUGAGCUGUAGAUGUAGAUUUCAGAAAACGUAACAUAAUCAUAUAGUGAAAUAUGUGCAGAUAUUUCUUCUUGUGCAUCAGCCAGAUUUCAUUUGAAGGGAAUGAAAACAAGGCUGUGAUCAAGAGUUUGUACCUUAAUGAGUUUCUGAAAAUGCAUAGCAAAUAUGAAAAGAAGUGGACAAAUAAUAAACCAUGCUUUGUGAACUUUAGAAACAUAAGACAGUGUGACACUGUGUGUGUACUUAUCAACGACGAAGCUGAAAAAAUAAUUAUAUUGAAGGAAUUCACGUUUUAUAAUAUAUUGUAUUUUUAUAUUUUAAUUGUACAUAAACCAAAUGAUAUUUUUUAUUGAAAUAUGAAUACUUAUAGUUAGAAAAACAUUUUUUUGUUGUAAAAUGUGAUGAACAUCCAGAUUAAUAAAGGGGAUAUAAAUACUG